AUGACGGACAGAACGAAUUACAUCCCCGCUGACGACUUCUCACGAUAUGCGGGAGCAACAGCUCACCUCCCCAAGCUCGAAGUCCAACAUGCGGGGCCCCCUCCUGGCUCGGGCGCUGAAUACACUGCUCCGCCCCCAGGACCCGCGCUCCCGUGGUACAACCCACGCGGGUGGUCGCUGCGCACCAAGCUGAUUGCCGGAGUUGCAGCCAUUGCAGUAGUGGUGGCAGUUAUUGUCGGAGCUGUCGAGGGCACGAAAGCAAAUCGCUAUCCGGACUAUACGAAACUCAAUUAUGAACUAGUCGAUACGUAUUCAGGAACAUCGUUCUUCGACCGCUUUGACUAUUAUCAUGGCGAAGAUCCCACCGACGGAUUUGUCCAAUAUGUGGAUAGAACAACGGCGAAUACGCUGAAUCUCACUUAUGCCACGGAUACGUCGGUCGUGCUCCGAGUAGACACCUCGAAUAAGUUUGCAGCUAAGGGCCGACAGUCUGUGCGGCUGGAGUCUAAGACUAGUUAUGAUAAUGGUCUCUUUGUCUUUGACAUCCUCCAUACGCCUUAUGGAUGUGGUACAUGGCCGGCAUUGUGGUUGACAGAUCCAACCAACUGGCCGGCGAACGGAGAAAUCGAUGUGCUGGAGACCACCAACAACGCCCCUGAAGGCAAUGCCGUGACAUUACACACCACAAGCGGCUGCAGCAUGAAAGUUAAGCGAAAGCAGACCGGCCAUUCUGUAUAUACUACUUGCGACAACAGCACCAAUAGCAACGCAGGGUGUGGUGUCCAAGGCUCACCAGACAGCUAUGGUGAGCCGUUUAACAAGAACGGCGGAGGUAUUUAUGCCGUAGAGCUACGAGAUGCCGGCAUUCGGACCUGGAUGUUUCCCCGGGACUCUAUCCCGGAUGAUAUCACGAAUUCGAACGGUACUCCCGAUCCAUCCAGCUGGGGUACUGCUUUGGCCGACUUCCCUAAUACAGACUGCGAUAUCCCAAUGCAUUUCCGGAAUCAGAGUAUCAUCGCUAAUAUUGACUUGUGCGGUCAACUUGGUGCUCAGAAGCAGUUAUACACAGAACAAUCGCACUGUCCGGGGACAUGCAACGAUUAUGUUGCUCACAACCCAUCUGCCUUUACGAAUGCUUAUUGGGAAUUCAAAAGUUUCAAAAUCUAUAAGUCUCAGUAG